CCACUCCCCUCCGAAUCCGGAGAUGAUGAAGGGACGCUGAACUAUCCCAGCGACGCCGCUUUGGACACUCCCCGUGGCCGGAGGACGCCGAGCUCUCGAGUCCAUCCGGAGCGCCAUUCAAAAGUGCCGAGAGCCACGUUCAAGCUCCCAGACAAGCUCCAAGAACCGAGUUUCCACUUCCAGGCAACCCGGGGCCGCUCCGGAUUUGGACCGCAAUCAUCUCCGCGGUACUACUUUUCUACAGAAAAUUGGAUAUUGGAAGGGAGGAAGCGACUUUUGGAGAGUUAACCGGGAGAAAACAGCAGACAAAAUGGAGGUGAAAACGUCCCUUCUGGACAACAUGAUUGGGGUGGGGGACAUGGUCCUCCUGGAACCCUUGUCGGAAGACUCCUUCCUUGAGAAUCUGAAAAAGCGCUUUGACCACAAUGAGAUCUACACUUACAUUGGCAGUGUGGUGAUCUCCAUGAACCCCUACAGGUCACUGCCCAUCUACAGCCCAGAGAAAGUGGAAGAGUAUCGCAACAGAAACUUCUACGAACUUAGCCCACACAUUUACGCUUUGGCAGAUGAGGCCUACAGGUCACUCCGAGACCAGGACAAGGACCAAUGUAUUCUCAUUACAGGCGAGAGCGGGUCGGGGAAAACCGAGGCCAGUAAGCUGGUGAUGUCAUACGUGGCAGCGGUGUGUGGGAAGGGCCAGGAGGUGAAUAAGGUCAAGGAACAGCUCCUGCAGUCCAAUCCCGUGUUGGAAGCUUUCGGAAAUGCCAAGACAGUGAGGAACGACAACUCAUCUCGAUUCGGGAAGUACAUGGACAUUGAGUUUGACUUUAAAGGAGAUCCUCUCGGUGGAGUCAUCAGCAACUAUCUACUGGAGAAGUCCCGCGUGGUGAAACAACCUCGAGGAGAGAGGAACUUCCACAUCUUUUAUCAGCUCUUGUCCGGAGCCUCUGAUGACACACUCAAGAAACUGAAACUGGACCGGGACUUCAGCAAGUACAACUACUUAAGCCUGGAUUCCGCCGUGGUGAACGGGCUGGAUGACGCCACCUCGUUCAGGACGGUCAAAAACGCCAUGCAGAUCGUGGGCUUCAUGGAGGACGAGAUCCAGUCGGUGCUGGAGUUGGUAGCGGCCGUCCUGAAGCUCGGCAACAUCGAGUUCAAGCCCGAGUCGCGGUGCAACGACACGGACGAGAGCCGCGUCAGAGAUAAAAACGAUUUGAAAGAGAUGUGCGAGCUGCUGGGGAUCGAGCAGACGGUGCUGGAACGAGCCUUCAGCUACCGCACGGUGGAGGCCAAAUUGGAGAAGGUGUCGACCACCUUGAACGUGGCCCAGGCCUACUAUGCCCGAGAUGCCCUUGCCAAAAAUCUCUACAGCCGUUUGUUUAGCUGGCUUGUGACGCGGAUCAAUGAAAGCAUAAAAGCACAAACUAAAAGCCGCCACAAGGUCAUGGGGGUGCUGGACAUCUACGGCUUCGAGAUAUUCGAGGACAACAGCUUCGAGCAGUUCAUUAUCAACUAUUGCAACGAGAAACUGCAGCAGAUCUUCAUCGAGCUGACCCUGCGCGAGGAGCAGGAGGAGUACAUCCGAGAGGGCAUCGAGUGGACCAACAUUGAAUAUUUCAACAAUGCCGUUAUCUGUGACCUCAUUGAGAACAACCAAAACGGCAUCAUGGCCAUGUUGGACGAGGAGUGCCUGCGUCCGGGGACGGUGACGGACGAGACCUUCCUGGACAAGCUGAACACGGUGUGCGCUGAGCACCAACACUUUGAGAGCCGCUUGAGCAAGAAUUCAAAGUUCCUCAACGACCACAGCUUGCCGCACAGUUGCUUCCGCAUCCAGCACUACGCCGGCAAGGUGCUGUACUGCGUGGAAGGCUUCGUGGACAAGAACAACGACCUCCUGUAUCGAGACUUGUCCCAAGCCAUGUUCAAGGCCACCCACAGCUUGAUUAAGGAGCUUUUCCCCGAGGGCAACCCGAGCAAAGUCAACCUGAAGAGACCGCCCACUGCCGGCUCCCAGUUUAAAUCAUCGGUGGGCACGCUCAUGAAGAACCUCCAGACCAAGAACCCCAACUACAUCCGGUGCAUCAAGCCCAACGACAAGAAGGCGGCGCACAUUUUCACCGCGUCGCUGGUUUGCCAUCAAGUGCGCUACUUGGGCCUGAUGGAGAACGUCCGCGUGAGAAGAGCCGGCUACGCCUUCCGCCAGCCGUACGGGCCCUGCCUGGAGCGCUACAAAAUGCUCUGCAAGCGGACCUGGCCGCAUUGGAGAGGUCCCGCCAGGGAGGGAGUGGAAGUCCUCAUGGCAGAUCUUCAAGUACCCACUGAAGAAUUCUCCUACGGCCGCUCGAAAAUCUUCAUCAGGAAUCCACGGACGUUGUUCUUUUUAGAGGAAAGGCGGCGGCAGUGCCUGCAGGACCUGGCCACGCUCAUUCAGAAAAUCUACCGCGGCUGGAAGUGCCGGACUCAUUUCUUGUUGCUGAAAAAGAGUCAGGUUGUGGUCGCGGCAUGGUACCGGCGCUACGCGCAACAAAAGAAAUACCAGCGGAUCAAGAGCGCCACCACCGUGGUGCAGUCGUACGCUCGCGGAUGGCAGGCUCGCAAGCUGUUGAGGGAGCUGAAGCAUCAGAAGAGGUGCGAGGAGGCGGUGACCACCAUUGCGGCUUACUGGCACGGCACUCAGGCUCGAACGGAGCUGCGACGCCUCAAACAAGAAGUGCGGAAUAAACACGCCGUGACAGUAAUUUGGGCAUACUGGCAGGGAACGCAGGCUCGGAAGGAGUUGCGGCGGCUGAAGGAAGAGGCCAGGAACAAACGCGCCGCGUCGGUCAUUUGGGCCGGCUGGCAGGGCACCAAGGCUCGCAGGGAGCUGAGGAAGCUGAAGGAAGAGGCCAGGCGUAAGCACGCCGUCGCCGUCAUUUGGGCCUGCUGGCAGGGACUCAAGGUCCGUAGGGAAUACCGGAAAUUCUUCAGGGCAAACGCGGGGAAAAAGAUCUACAACUUCACCAUUCAGAGAAUCAUGCAGAAAUAUUUCCUGGGCGUGAAGAGCGGCUUGCCUUCCAUGUCCCCCGUCGACAAGAACUGGCCCGCGCGGCCUUACCGCUUCCUGGAUGCGGCCCACGCGCAACUGCGCUCCAUCUUCCACCUUUGGCGGUGCAAGAAAUACCGAAGCCAGUUCAGCGAGGAGAGGAAGGCCGUGUACCAAGAGAAGCUGGAGGCCAGCGAGCUGUUCAAGGAUAAAAAGUCUCUCUACCCGAGCAGCGUGAGCCAGCCCUUCAAGGGGGACUACUUGGAGAUCAGCAAGAACCCCAAAUAUCAGAAGCUCAAUAGUUGCGUUGAGGAAAAGGUUCUGCUGGCCGACGUGGUCAACAAGAUUAACAGGGCCAACGGCAAAGGUGCAAGUCGCAUCCUCCUGCUGACAAAGAAGAACGUGGUGCUGGCCGACCAGAAGACGGGCCAAGUGAAGGCCAGCGUGGCUCUGCCCGACCUCAUCAGCGUUUCCGUCAGCACGCAGAACGACGGAUUCUUUGCGCUCAAACUCAAAGAGGGCUCGGCCUCGGCCGUCAAAGGCGACUUUCUACUCAGCAGCGAGCACUUGAUCGAGACCAUCACCAAACUGCACCACAUCGGCUCCACCGCCUCCGACGACGGCGGCGAGCAGCUCGACAUCAACAUCUCGGACGAGUUUCUGGUUCAGUUCAAGCAGGACAAAGUAUGCGUGAAGUUCAUCCAGGCGGCCCCCAAGAACGGCAACAGCGCUUCUUGUAAGCGGAAGAACAACCGUCUGCUGGAGGUGUCGGUGCCCGCCGCCACCGCAUAGCCCCGAAAUGGCGAGCACCAUCGCCGAUGACGCCGCACUUAUUUGGCCUUUUUUUUUUUUCUUUCUUCCUUAUCAUGAAAUGUACCUGAGCUGAAACACCUGCACCAUUUUGGGCAGCAAAGAAACCCCGUGAUCAGGUUGCGUGAAAAAUUUGCAUCGGGAAAAGAAUUUGUCACGAGCGGCGGCGGCGCUCGCUCUGGCCGAUAACGAGGUUCCGAGCCCCGACUGGCCUCAACUCGUCCGCCUUUUAAGACGCUUUAAAGACGUCAUGAGGGUUCUGGAGCUGUCGGGUCCGCAACUCGAAGUACUGCACUUGCUUUUGUACUUUGGUAGAACCAAAAAAAACACCAAGAGAAUUGUAUUUUCUGGUUAGUUCCUAAAAAAAAAAGCACAGUGAAUUCUGAGAUGAUUGUUAAAAAAAAGAAAAAAGUGUCCGGUGUGCCGUUGACUUGUUGCUUAGAAAUGCAAAUUCGAAUAAUCAUUGCCAAAAAAAAAAGUUUGCAGAUGUGCAGCGUAUCAACUUUUGGACACUGCACA